AUGCUGCAUCUUGGUCAACCUCGUCAUAAGGCAAGAGUGGCUUGUAGAGGCAGAGGAAUCGAUGGAAUGACUCACAGACGUCACUUUAUGGAUAAGAACCCUGAACCCAGCUGGCUCAGCUCCGUGCAGGAAGCUUGGGGGAAGCAGAGACUGCAUGCCCAGGUCUGCCUUGCCCUCCAAUCCACGACUCCUGAGGACGUGAAGACUACCUCCCGCCCAGCACCCUUAUUGCAGGCAUCAGUGCAGAGUGGCAUACCCUCUGCGUUGUGGAAGCUUGGAGUGACUGGGGGCACAGGAAGAGUGUCGGGGGAGAGGAAGUGA